AUGGCACUAUCCUUCUCCAUUAAGAAUGCGACCACCACGACAUACAGAACUUUCAUAGAAGCUCUGCGAGCCCAACUAACAGCCGGAGGAUCCACAUCACAUGGGAUACCGGUGCUGCGUCGGAGACAAGAUGUGAAGGAUGACCAGCGCUUUGUUCUUGUUAAUCUCACCAACUACGACAGUUAUACAAUAACUGUCGCAAUCGAUGUGGUGAACGCUUACGUUGUGGGUUAUUGUGCCGGUACUCGUUCCUACUUUCUUCGAGAUCCUGCAACUCAUCCGCCUCCACUCCAUAGAUUAUUCCCCGGCACCACGCGGACUACACUGCCCUUCGCCGGGGACUACCUCGGGCUUGGCCGAGCUGCCCAGGAGGCACUACAACAGAAUACAAACCGUAACCGAGCAGCAGGGUCACGUAUCCAUGAGAACAUAUCUAUGCGUGAGCGGAUCCCGCUGGGGCCCGGAGAACUAGAUAACGCAAUAAGCCAGUUGCGCUACGCAGAAUCUGCAUCCUCCCAAGCCGCCGCGUUUAUUGUGAUUAUUCAAAUAGUCUCUGAAGCCGCAAGGUUCCGGUACAUUCAGGGACAAGUCCGCGACCGCAUUCGUGACGGAACUUCCGCUGAGCCGGACCCUGCAAUGCUCAGCCUCGAAAACAGUUGGUCUAAUCUGUCCGAGCAGAUCCAGAUGGUACCGGCCAAUCAAUUACUCUUCAUCAAUAAUGGGUCUGUUCAGAUCCGAAAAGCCGACAAUAGUAUUGUCCUAGUAAAGAGUGUUGACUCAGACGCCGUUCGCGGUGUCGCGUUCCUGCUUUACUGCGGAGGCAACCCUCCUGCACCGAACAGUGAGAGUGCCCGGACGUCCAAGGUUACUGUUCAGAAGCCAACCCUCGCCAAGAAGAAGAAAUAG